AUGAAGACUUUGACGAAACAGACGACGACGACGGAAUGGGACGAGGUAUUACAAAAGAAAUUCGGAAACAACUUUGUGAAAGAAGACAAAGUGAAAGAAGACGAGCAAAGAAAAGGAACCCCGAGGACGAUGAAAAAGGAAGAAACGAACGUGGCGAUUUUCGAAAACGAGCGCGACGAUGAAAACGACGAAAACGAUGAAGACGAAGAAGAAGAAGCGUUCAUGAAGUCCUACCGAGAAAAACGAAUCGCGGAGAUGUUAUUUAUGCAAAAAGAAGAAAAGGAGGAUGAAAAGGAAGAGAAAAACAACAACGUAAGAAGGAACGAGUACGUGAUGCACGUCUCGCACGAACAGUGGACGAAAGAAGUGACGGAGGUAUCUCGCUCUCAUCCUGUUCUGGUGCUGUUAACGAAAGAGAAUUCGAAGGCGUGUUUUACGCUCGAGAGAGUGAUGGAAGAUGUGGCGCGUACGUAUCGAACGUCGCGGACGAAGUUUCGUCGGGCGGAGGCGAGGGAUAUCAUUCCGAACUAUCCGGAGAGGAACGUGCCGACACUUAUUUUGUACAGGAACGGGGACGUGGUUGAGAAUAUCGUCGGCAUCGAACAGUUUGGAGGGAUGAGUGGGGUGAACACGGAGACGGUGAGAAGACGCGUAAGGAUGAAAAGCGAUGAAUUUUUGAUGGACCGAGGAGAGGAGGAAGCGAAGGAGGCGGAAAAGAGACGAGAGAAAGAGACGGCGAAAAACGGAUGA